GCACUCAGCGGGUUGUGCUGCGGUGGCGGCGGCGGCUGCUGUGAGAGCCCGAGCGCUGCGCGUGCCGGGUCCCAGACGCGUCUGCGGCGNUCGCCCCGCCACCCUCCUCUCUCACCUCAGUCUCCGCGCCGCGUUCUGAGGGAAGGAACGGCGCUAGGCUAGCGAAGCCCGAGCGCACCGCUGGCUGCCUCCGACACCGCCCUGCGUCCCUUCGCGGCCGCGNGCCCGGCUCGGUGCUAGGCGACUCUGCGGGGAGGCGGCGGCUGCCGGUCGGUGGAGUCACUCUCCCUUCAGCCUCGCCCCUCUGCCCGGCCCUGCAGGGGCCGAGAGGACUCGGAGGCUGCCCCUUCGGCUCGGCCCUCUUCGUCAGCCGGUUGGAGCUGCAGCGGUCUGGAAGAGGUCUCUGGGCUGAGGCGGCGGCGGCGGCUCCUCNGGCUCCAUCAUGUCCGCGGGCGGAGACUUCGGGAAUCCGCUGAGGAAAUUCAAGCUGGUGUUCCUGGGAGAGCAGAGCGUUGGAAAGACGUCCUUGAUCACCAGAUUCAUGUAUGACAGUUUUGACAACACCUAUCAGGCAACAAUUGGCAUUGACUUCUUAUCAAAAACAAUGUACUUAGAGGAUCGAACCAUCAGGCUGCAGCUGUGGGAUACUGCGGGUCAGGAACGUUUCCGUAGCCUCAUUCCCAGUUACAUCCGUGACUCUGCUGCAGCCGUAGUAGUUUACGAUAUCACAAAUGUUAACUCAUUCCAGCAAACUACAAAAUGGAUUGAUGAUGUCAGAACAGAGAGAGGAAGUGAUGUCAUUAUCAUGCUAGUAGGAAAUAAAACAGAUCUUGCUGAUAAGAGGCAAGUGUCAAUUGAGGAGGGAGAGAGGAAAGCCAAAGAGCUAAAUGUUAUGUUUAUUGAAACCAGUGCAAAAGCAGGAUACAAUGUAAAGCAGCUUUUCCGGCGUGUUGCUGCAGCUUUACCUGGAAUGGAAAGCACACAGGACAGAAGCAGAGAAGACAUGAUUGACAUAAAACUGGAAAAGCCUCAGGAGCAACCAGUCAACGAAGGCGGCUGCUCCUGCUAAUCCCCCUGGCAUCUUUCAACCCUUCUGCAGAAGCUCACUGCUUUGGCCCCAUACUCUUUCAUUGACUGCAGUGUGAAUAUUGGCUUGAACCUUUUCCCUUCAGUAAUAACGUAUUGCAAUUCAUCAUUGCUGCCUGUUUCGUGGAGAUGAUCUAUUAGCUUCACAAGCACAAAAAAGUCAGUGUCUUUAUUAUUUAU